UAGUUUCUGCACCCUCUCGGGCUCAGUUGCUAAUCGCCCCUGCUCCUGAACGCACGUCUCGAUUUGUCUCUUGACACUUCUUGUUUUUACUAUUCCGCGUUUGUAAUUCAUCUUAAUUAGUUUAAUACGCCAUAGAAAGCGAUUUUUAGUUAAAUCAAAGGUGAAUGUGGCCAUAAAUCAGUGAAAGUGUUAAUACAUAGUUUGCUUGUAAAACGAUUGACUCAUCUUCAAGGCCUAGCCCCGCCCGUCGCACAAGCAAGAUAGAACAGACAAAAUGUUCGCAGUGAUGCAAAUCGACGAAGACCACACAAGGGACUUCAGGCGCAAGCUGCGGCCGAAGUGCGAGUUUGUGUGCAAGUACUGCCAGCGCCGGUUCACGAAGUCCUACAACCUGAUGAUACACGAGCGCACGCACAAGAGUCCCGAGCUCACGUUCAGCUGUGAGGUGUGCGGGAAAUCGUUCAAGCGCCAGGAUAAUCUACGCCAGCAUAGAGAAAUCCAUUAUAAUCCAAACAAGGAGGCCGCAUAUAUAAGAUGGUGAUUCAAGACUCAUGUGUAUCCGCAUUAAGUAAUAAUCGGGCUAAU